AUGCUUAUUAAUGGAUAUAACAAUCAAAACCAACUGAUGGCGCCAAAUAGUGCCACGGGUUUGAAGUACGAACGCUUUAUCAUCUACAGCAUAAUCUCACUAUUCAUAAUCGCAGGCAUGCUGUUACUGAUUUACGUUAUCUACAUGACAAUCCCCUCGGGGAGCCAGAACACCAGCAAGGAAAUAUUUUUUGACGCCGAUUCUACUUCCGAGACUAUUCCCAAUCUUGGCAACGGGCACAUGGUCAUCGAUCGUAACAACUGGGGUGCACAGCAGGGUGUGCAUGGACCGUACGAGCUAACACAUCCCAUACCGUACGUGCUGAUAACUCACAUCGGCGUCCACUCGGAGAUCUGUUCCGACGUGCACGUUUGCUCCAUCAAGAUGCGCACACUGCAGGAUGCGGCGAUCGCGGAGCGAAGUCUGCAGGACAUACAGAGCAAUUUUUACGUCGGAGGCGACGGUAAUGUAUAUGUCGGGCGUGGGUGGAAUACGGCCAAUGCGUACGCCAACAUGACGCUGGCGGUUUGCUUCAUGGGAGAUUAUGGACGAUACGUACCGAACGAUCUUCAAAUGUCGGCCCUUGAUCAUCUAUUGACGUACGGCGAGAAGCGUAAUCUUUUAACCGAAGAUUACAAAAUCGUUGCACACAGUCAGCAGGAUAGCACAGGCGCGCCAAACGUAUCACAAGCUCGCAGCGACGCAACAACGAUCGCGCGCCUCCAUCACAAUGUGUGUGCCAGCGCAAUACGCGUCAAACUGUUGCAGUGUGGGUUUGUCCCAAGCUCCAAGCACGGCAAGCAAGAUGACGAUAAUAGUAGUUGA